UGUAAUGAUAUUGUUUGCAGUGAUGCUCAGAGAGCCGGCACCUGCUGCUCUGUAAUGAUUCAGCCUCUUUCAGCCCUCGCUUUAAUACAACAGGAUGCUGUUGCUACUGUCGCUGCUGCCUCUACCGCUGCUACUGUUGCCGUUGUCACUGAUUUUGCUUUUGCUUCUAUCGCAUGACAGUUGUUUUCCUCAUCUAAGCAGACACCAGCCUCUGAUGCUCAAGGUGAGAAGCCAGCCUUUCAGUCUGGGCUACUGGUUCACUUAGUCAAACAAUUUGAUCCUUGUUUUGGGGGUUUUGGGGAAUUUUUGUUGUUGUCUUGUUGUUUUUUAUCCCCCACAGAAGAGCUGGGAUGGCUUGAGAGGCAUUUCAGGAAUUAUAAAAGUGGUCAGGAGACAGGAGCUUGAUAAUUACUAAGCAAUUCUAUGUCUCGGGUAAUAGAGGAGAGGUGGUUUUUUUAACCUUCUGGAGAUUUGGGUGAUGAUCCUGAGCUCGGACACUUUCCUGGCUCCCACUCUUAUGAUUUUGCAGAGCUGUGUGAUUCUUCUUUUUCUCUGUCUCCUAGUAAUGGACUGCGAUAGAGUUACGGUCUGUCUCUUGGAGGUGAGCUGGGUUGAGCAUUUAUGAUUUAAAUAUGUCUGAAGUAGCUGCAGAGACUUCCCCCAGCCCCUCGGCUCAGCUGAGCCCCGACGCAUCUCUUGAGGGGCUCCCCACUGAGGAGGACAUGCCAGGGACCCAAACGGAGGACAGGAGGGGCCAGGGCAUAGCAAGCCUGGCUGUUACCUGCUGUGUAUGCCUGGAGGCAGAGCGACUGAGGGGCUGUCUCAACUCAGAAAAGAUCUGCAUCGUCCCUAUUCUGGCUUGCCUGGUCAGCCUCUGCCUCUGCAUUGCUGGCCUUAAGUGGGUGUUUGUGGACAAGAUUUUUGAGUAUGACUCUCCUACCCACCUUGACCCUGGAAGGAUAGGACAAGAUCCAAUGGUUUCUGUGGAUCCUACUACACUGUCUGCCUGGGUGCUGCAUACCUCCCCUUUCCCAGCAUCAAGCCCCGAGAGCAAGGUUGAAGUGACAGUGCAAGCUGACAGCUCACUGGUGCCCUCUGAGCCUUUUCUCCAGCCUUCUCUGUAUAACCGUAUCUUAGAUCUAUCCCUGUUGUCCUCCAUGGCACCUUCGCUACCUCCACCCACCCUGGACCCUGAGGGGAAAGAGACAACCACAGCGUCUCAGGCACAAGCCACAGAAACUAAUCUCCAAACAACUCCAAAACUUUCCACUUCUACAUCUACUACGGGGACAAGUCAUCUCACAAAAUGUGACAUAAAACAGAAAGCCUUCUGUGUAAAUGGGGGAGAAUGUUACAUGGUCAAAGACCUUCCCAAUCCCCCAAGAUACCUGUGCAGGUGCCCAAAUGAAUUUACUGGUGAUCGCUGCCAAAACUACGUAAUGGCCAGCUUCUACAAGCAUCUUGGGAUUGAAUUUAUGGAAGCUGAGGAACUGUACCAGAAAAGGGUGUUGACCAUAACUGGCAUCUGUAUUGCCCUCCUUGUGGUUGGCAUCAUGUGUGUGGUGGCCUACUGCAAAACCAAAAAGCAGCGGAAAAAGUUUCACGACCGUCUUCGGCAAAGCCUGCGCUCAGAACGGAAUAACAUGGUGAACAUGGCAAAUGGACCCCACCAUCCCAACCCACCACCAGAAAACGUCCAGCUGGUGAAUCAGUAUGUAUCGAAAAAUGUAAUAUCCAGUGAACAUGUAAUUGAGAGAGAAACAGAGACAUCAUUCUCCACGAGUCACUAUACCUCAACAACGCAUCACUCCACAACAGUCACCCAGACACCCAGCCACAGUUGGAGUAAUGGCCACACUGAAAGCAUUAUCUCCGAAAGCCAUUCAGUGCUUGUGAGCUCAUCUGUAGAGAACAGUCGGCAUACAAGCCCAACAGGACCCAGAGGACGCUUGAACGGCAUAGGAGGUCCACGAGACUGCAACAGCUUCCUCAGGCAUGCAAGAGAGACUCCCGACUCCUACCGAGACUCCCCUCACAGUGAAAGGUAUGUAUCAGCUAUGACCACCCCAGCUCGCAUGUCACCUGUAGAUUUCCACACUCCAAGCAGUCCAAAGUCCCCCCCUUCAGAAAUAUCUCCACCAGUAUCCAGCUUAACUGUGUCAGUCCCUUCUGUGGCGGUGAGCCCCUUUAUGGAAGAGGAGCGGCCUCUCUUGCUGGUGACUCCACCACGGUUACGGGAGAAGUAUGACCAUCACAUUCAGCAGUUCAACUCCUUCCACCACAAUCCUGCCCAUGAGAGCAACAGUCUACCCCCUAGUCCUCUGCGGAUAGUAGAGGAUGAGGAAUAUGAGACCACACAGGAGUAUGAGCCAGCACAGGAGCCUCCAAAGAAACUAGUCAACAGCCGGAGGACAAAGAGAACAAAACCCAACGGCCACAUUUCCAACAGAAUGGAAAUGGACACUGACACAAGCUCUGAGAGCACCAGCUCUGAGAGUGAAACAGAAGAUGAAAGAAUAGGCGAGGAUACACCUUUCCUGAGCAUACAGAACCCCCUAGCAACCAGCCUCGAGUCAGCCGCAGCCUACCGACUGGCUGACAACAGGACUAACCCAACCAGUCGGUUCUCUACACAGGAAGAAUUACAAGCAAGGUUGUCCAGUGUAAUAGCUAAUCAAGACCCUAUCGCUGUAUAAAACAUAAACACACACAUAGAUUCACAUGUAAAACUUUAUUUUAUAUAAUGAAGUAUUCCACCUUUAAAUUAAACAAUUUAUUUUAUUUUAGCAAUUCCGCUAAUAGAAAACAGGAGAAUUAAAAAAAAAAAACUUUUAUAAAUUAAAUAUAUGUAUGUACAAAUGUGUUAUGUGCCAUAUGUAGCAAUUUUUUACAGUAUUUCAAAAUGAGAAAGAUAUCAAUGGUGCCUUUAUGUUAUGUUAUGUUGAGAGCAAGUUUUGUACAGUUACAGUGAUUGCUGUUCCACAGUAUUUUGCCUAACCUUCCAACCUUCAGUUUUCCUGGCUUUUUUGUGCAUUGCAUUAUGGUAACUGGAUGUAUGAUUUGCAAGAAUUGCAAAAGUCCCUCUGUUUGCUUGUAGUAGUUCCCAGUCAAAAAGCCCUGUAAUGAAUGGCAAACUCACCCAUCCACCUCCCCCAAAAAGAGAUACUAUUUCCUUCUAUAAGAGGUUUUAUUUGCUUUCCAUAUAUGAAAUGAGUUUUGUCUGCUCUCUGCCAGCCAAAAGGUUUGCUUCAUUGGGCACUGGAAUAAUAGUAGAUCCAACAGCAUGCUACUAUUAGUUACAGCAGGAUAACAAAAACUGCAUUAAAUAAUGUUACUUAUUAGAAGGAAAGUAAUACUGUGAUUUUAAACUGAAUAUAUUACUAAGCAGAAGUCAGCUUGUACUCACUAGAAGCUGUCAUUUCAUUUUUUUCAGAUAUUAAUUGUUCUAGUUAUCUCUUACAAGACGGGUUCAGCGUAGCUGAGGCUGCAAACCCAGAACCUUACAAAAGAACAAGAUUUCUAUUAGUUUCAGUUAAUAGGGAAACUAUUAUAGCAGGUAUCUGUAACCAACCAAGGAAGAGAACUAGCUGGAACAAAAAAUGCCACUAAUAAAGGUGCAAUCAUAUUUUACCUGUAUUUUUAAUGUUGAUUUUUAAUAGACAAUUUAUUCUUUUGUUUGCAAAAGGAUGCAAUCAGAGAAAAAGCCAACCUAUAGGAAUAAGUGUUUUGUAACUUGGUAGUGUGGCUAUUAGAAUGAGUUUCAUCUUUGUACAUAGCAGCAACUGGCAGGGUGGAAUUAGUUAGCUGAAUCAUUAAAAAAGAAUAGAUGGUGGGAAAGACGUAACCUAAAACUUAUUGACUUUGCAUCCGGUGGCCUGUUUCACUUUGUUUAUAUAUUUAUUUAAAUUUUCUAUCAAAGGCCUAUUUCUGUAGACAAGCACGCUGCAUUGAUCAGGCCCAUAAUGUGCAUGGGGACUUGUUAUGAAUGUGCAUGUGACCAGUGACUGCAUUAGAAUCUGUGACUGGGAAAUAGACAAAUGUGGUAUCAAUACUGGGAUUGUUGCUCCUUUUCAAACCAAAAAAAAAAGCAAAUGGCCUCUUUUGCACUGAAUUCUGAUCAAUUUAGUGAGGUGACUGCCUCUUACUUGAUUUUGCUUAAGUUCAGUUGGCACAACGCAGCCUCAGGACUGAUGUUAAAAGCAAAUGUUCUGUGUGGCCUCCUGAGAGGAUGAUAUGAGCACAUCUGUUCUGUAAGUAGUAGUGAUUCUAAAUAAGAACCAUCUUAGUACAGCAAAAACAUCAGCCAAACUGUAUUUACGCCUUGGGCCAUGUUCUGAUCCUCGUUGCUCUGAGGUAAGCAAGUAAAAAAAAAGAUUGUGUUGGACCUGAAGUCCCAGUUCAGCAAAGCACUUAAGCACAUGCUUAGACCCAUCCCCAAUUGGAAAAGCACUUAGCACCAUGCUUGAGUCCCAAUGACGUUACUAGAACACAAAAGAAAGUUACAUACAUGCUUAAAUGCUUUGUGGAGCUGCACUGAACUGCCAGUUCAGGACCUAAGGUUGGGAUUUGGCUUAGUGCAGUAAAUGAAGCUGCUUAGUAGUAUGGAUAAAAACACUGCGCUAUAGCACUGUAUGUUCAAAACAGAGUGUGUAAACACAAUUUUAUUUUGAGGUGAGUAGGGUUAACCAUCCAAUCAAAGCAGUCAGGGAGUAGCAAUAGGGUUGUAAUGGAAUCCUUGUGGUGGUGUACAAGAAUGAGCAGGUGUUCUCGGUGAAACAGCUCGGGCAGUGGACUUGGGUGUGUUUUGUGUACAGCCACGUAUUUGAAACACAUGCAAGAGACUGCAGCGUUCUUAAUUACUGUAUUACCACGAUGCAGAUACCCUCUGCUUUCCCUCUUGUUUGCAUGCAUAUAGUAUAUCUUCAUCCUGCUUCACAGUGUCUUUUUAUUCCCUCUGUACACAACCCAGGGCCCUGUGUAAAUCCUGGAUGCCAAGUACUCAUUUUGCACACUAUUUAUUAUUACUGCUUGCAGUACAGUAGUACAGGUAGCCUCACCAGAGAUCCCAUUGUGCUAACCACAUGGAAGAAGGCCUGUUAGGUGGAGGUUCCAAAAGUGGGACAUGGGCUCUUAAAUUAAAAGCCUGCUCCAAAACCCACUGAGGUCAGUGGAAAGCCUUCCAUUGAUUUAAAUGGGGUUCGGAUCAGGACCUAAGACCAGUCGCUUAAUGACUAGGUUAUAGAGAAAAAGGAUGGGAGUGGAAUCAGGUAAAUAAUUGUCAAAGCUUGGGAGAAAAUCAGGUCUUUAGUACCCUUCCAGUGAACUAAUUUUAUCCACAUGGCAAGGACACCAAUACAAAAGAAAGGAAUGCCGAGGACCUGUGCAUGUGUGACACUCUCCAUGCAGGGCUGGGGAAAUAGGUUGCAUUUCUUCUAUUGCACUGAUGAGCUGUCAAGACAAAAAUACUCCCCCUCUGUACAUGUGGUAUAGAUCGCAAUAGGGUAUGAGCCUGAGAGUUUUGGGAUGGGGCUUUCAAAUGGCCCCAAGUGAAAGUCCAUGGGGGUUGGCUGUCUCACUCUACUCCUUUGAAAAUCACAGCAGGGCCUGGGGUGAGCCAGCAGAAUGACUCUGGGUUUACAUUAGCCUGAGAAGAGCAUCUGGCCCCUCAACUCUCAACUUCUCUAAUACCCCUGGAAGGACUCAACUCCCACAGCUUGUGCACUCCCAAGAUGUGAUUCCAUCUUUUACAUGCAAGCUGCAGCUGCGGGAAGAGGGUUGUCACCACUUGUAUUUGGGCUUAAGUCAGCAGAGAUGCUGAGUAAUUCCUGGACUCUGUGCCUCUUGAAGGACUGAGCCUGACAUGCGAAAACCUAGCUGUUAGCAUCAACUUUAGGAAGGAAAGCCUAUGCUCUAAGGAAGGACUAGCAGCUCUCUCAGGGCCACUGGCCCCAUCCACCCACAGCUCUUGGUCUGAUAGGGAACCUCUGCCAGACCUUUUUCUAACCCUUAUAGGAAGUGAAACAGCCAUCUGAGGAGGAACACUGGAGCAGGGAGGUCAGGGGCAGUAACUCUGUCCUGAUUGUCCUGAUUUCAAUAAUGACAUCCCCCAGUUUGGCUUUGAGGAAAUUCCACAUGACCUGACAGUCCUGUCUGAACUGUAUCCCAGAAAGGGAUGUGUGAAAUACAGUGGGCCUCUUCUUCAGUUGGUACAUGUCAGCACAGGUUCACCAAUGCCUGCUUCCACUUGCCAAGAGUUGCCCCCCCAAGGAAAUGGCCAAGCUGCUUCUGCAGAGCUCCUGACAGUGACACUAAAACGCAUCCCCCACCUACUUAUCCAUGCUUUGUGAGCACCAGUCCAGGAAAUGAGGCAGGGAAGGCAUGGAGGCUCCAUGCUCAGUAUCUCUGUCUCCAGCAUGCUUGAGAUCAGCAGCAGGGGCAGCCCCCAGGGCAGCUUUGUGGCUUCAUUUCUGGGCUUGACAUGCCUGGAGAAGAACAGGUCAGCAGGGCAGGGUUCUCAGAGUCACUGCCUAAAGUACCGUGAAGCUGAAUAGAUAGACGAAUGCUUACCUGUCCCAUGGUUUCCCACCUCAUCCACCUGCAAGAGUUGGGGAGGACAAUUAUUUGCUUUCCCAGGGAAACAAUAAAACUUCCUUUCCUUUCUCUCAUUUCAUGACAAAGAGACACCAUCUCCCUGUUCCUCUCCAGUUCCCAUACCUUUAUACAAAUAAUGAAAUGAUUACUCGUGCAUCCAGGAAACCCAUUUUUUGCCUGUGAGGUAGGCAUCUCUCACCGUGAUGAUCCUAAACAAAGCCUGUUCUCAGCCAUUGGCACUGGCUACGUUCCAUCAGCCAUACUGACUUCCGACCAGAAAAGCACCUAUGAAAUGCUGCAGAGAAAUGCAGACAAAGAAAAUGGCCACAUACCAUCAUUUUAAUUAUAUAUUCUGUUGUAAAUACAUCUUGUACAUACUUGGAUGUUUUUGUGAUCAUUUACUGUUAUUAUGGGUUAUGUAUCAAUGAUGCUUUCUCAGUUUAUUGUGUAACACUGUAAAUAACAUAAUCUCCUUCAUUAUUUAUACUUAGGCAUCUAACACACAGAGAGAGUUGUCUUCAUAUUACUUUAAGAUCUAUGACAAAAAUCUGUUUGUUUUCCUUUUGCUUUACAAUGUAAUGUAUCAUUUUUCCUCCCCUUCUUCCCCCUCCUCCUGCCUUUUUUUUCCUUUUAAAGAGAGUAAUAAUUUAUUGUUCAGGAGAGAGAGAAUGUAUCUGUAAUGCAAACUGUUCAAAGAAUGCACCACGGAAGGCCAUAAGGUACUGAUAAACUAAAGAAUUUAUUAUCCCAAAUA